AUGAAGUGGGGUGGCGGUGGCAAUGUGGUGCUGUGUGCAAGGAGUGGAAGGCAGCGGGGAUAUUUCAAUUUGGCCGGAGACGUGACCCGAGAGGCCGCGCGGCCGCCGCACGGCUCGCUGAACCGUAAGCCCGUUGCGGGCUCCGCCAAAGAGCAAACAGCGCCUCCGCAAUCUUGUGCCACGUGGACCAUGCCGAACACUCGACCACGACAAUCUACUAGUACAAUUACUCCUCUGCAGCGCACUCCUACAGAUAUAGAGGUGGUGCCCUCAUCGCUCUUGCAUUUAAUA